CAGCGGGGCGAGGGGGAAGGAGUGCGUGCGCGCUCCCGGCGCGGCGCGUCCCCGUGGGCGGGCGCGUGCGGCUCGUCGCCGCCGGGCUGCCAGGCACGGCUCGGCUCGGCGCGGCUCGGCGCAGCCCGGCUCGGCUCGGCGCAGCCCGACACCGCCCGCCGAGCCCCCCACCUGCCUCCCUCCCACCUCCGCGCCGCCAUGGACGGGGGAGCCUUCGGAGCGGGGAAAGCCGGUGGCGCCUUCGACCCGCAGGCCUUCAUCCGGCAGCCGCAGACCAUCCUGCGGUUCGUCUCCUGGGUGUUCUCUAUCGUGGUGUUCGGCUCCAUUGUCAAUGAAGGGUAUGUGAACCGUAUGGAUGAGUUAGAAGAGCACUGCAUUUUCAACCGCAAUCACAAUGCCUGCAACUAUGGCAUUACCGUGGGUGUCCUCGCCUUCCUCAGCUGCCUUCUUUACCUGGCUCUGGAUGCCUACUUCCCACAGAUCAGCAGCGUCAAGGAUCGCAAGAAGGCAGUGCUGUCGGACAUCGGAGUCUCGGCCUUUUGGGCAUUCCUCUGGUUCGUUGGCUUCUGCUUUCUGACCAACCAGUGGCAAGCUUCGAAACCAGAGGACAACCCACUGAAUGAGGGAGGGGAUGCAGCCCGAGCAGCCAUCACGUUCUCGUUCUUCUCCAUCUUUACCUGGGUGGGCCAGGCAUUCCUGGCAUAUCAGCGUUUCCAGCUGGGUGCCGAUUCGGCCCUCUUCUCCCAGGACUACAUGGACCCAAGCCAGGACUCCAGCAUGCCUUAUGCUCCCUACACGAAUGAGGAGGAUGCUACAGAUGCGGUGGGGACAUACCAGCAGCCCCCUCCAGCAGAUGCUUUCGACACCGAGACACAGGGGUACCAAACGCAGAACUACUGAGCCACCAAUGCCCCUUUCCCUUCCCCUUUCCCUUCUGCCCCCAUUCCCACUGCCGGCAGAAAGCCAAGGCACAAACAAGACGUGCGUAGUGGUACAAGUGGUGGCUCUCAGCUAUGCUCCAGCCUUCUGGGUCAUCUGUUUUUAUUUGUUGUUUUUAAAAAAGGCAAAAAAAAAAAGGAAAAACGGUUCCCCAUCACCUAUUCCUUCUCCUCUCCUACCAAGCUACCUGCCAGAACCAAAUUUUUCCAAAAUCUGCAUUUUGAUAGAAAGGCCCUCCCCUUCCUUCUCUCCCUCCUGCCUUGUUACAGAGGGCAGAGUCUGUCUUGUGGACAGGAGAGGAGCUAUGGCACCGACAGGGCAGGGGAAAGGAUGUUGGAGGCAGAAGAGAAGAAAUGAGAGGGACCAGGGACCUUCCUAGAAGAGAUGGUAUCACUAAAGGUUGGAGUAGAUGUGGGAGCAUCCAAACUGGUCUAGAGCACCUGGUGGCUCAGGGAGAAUGGUGUUGAAGUCAGCAUUCAAGAGUUUGAGGAGGGGUGUGGAGGACAGACGGAACAGUGCCCUCCAUGUAAAGACGAGGGCUUUUCCCUGCCACAUGCCAGUGAGGGAGGGGUGCCUUAUUUUUAGAGGGUUUGGGAGAAGUGGUAUUGGUGGGGGUAGCACAAGAAGAGAAAAUAGGAAGGGAAAAAGAUUUGCAGGUACAAUCAAAAAUCACGGGCACAUCUGUAGGUUACAGCAAGAGACUGAGCAGGGCAGGGGGGUAGAGGUCUGAGAUUCACUUCUUCCUCAGCCCCCUUGGAUUGAGGUGGAGGUGAUUCCCCUUGUCUGUAUGUCCUGCUAGUCACUGCUCUUCCCAGACCAGUGUUUGAUGAGGCAGGAGGGGAGCCAUGCCCAGUCUCUGGGCCCAGAUACAGUGCCUGGGGGAGGAAGGAUGGAGAAGGUGGGCUUCUAGAGAGCCCUGAGAGCCUUCAACCCCAGCUGGGCUGGUUCGAGGGGGAGAGGGCAGCUUUGUCAUUUCACCAGGGAGGAGGAGAAGAAAGACAGUUUUGCUCCUCAAGUCUUGCUGAACCUUCCUCUGUUCCUUUACAAUAGUGCAAAACCUCUUGCUGACACCAUCCUUGUAGCACGCAGGAACGGAGCAGGACCCCACUUAGAAAGAAAUACUGCUGUUGGGAUGGCCAGCAUGUGUCUGGCUCUUGCACAGGGGUGCAGCCAGGCUGGGAAGGGUCCUGCCCUGUACAGCUGUGC